UUAAUCAAUAACUACUUCAUCGAUUAAAGUAAUUCAAAGUCCUUUUUUGACUCAAAAGAUUGUCAUCGGAGUCAGCCUAAACAUGUCUUCUGAAUUCGCCUUUUCAUCGAGACGAUCCCCGCUCGUUUGUCUCCACGGCUGCUCGUCCUCCAGCCAGCCGUUGGCUACGGGCAUUGGACUGGACAUCCUGAAACGGGGCGGGAACGCGGCCGACGCAGCGGUUGCCAUGGCAGCGGCCCUGUCAGUCACAGAGCCGUGCAGCACGGGUCCCGGGGGAGAUGCCUUCUGCCUCUUCUACGAUGGAAACACCGGGGAUAUAAGUUGUCUAAACGGCAGCGGCCGUUCCCCCAGAGCCCAGACCCUGGAGCUGCUGGAGGGGCGUGGCUACAGCGCAGAGGCCCCGCCCCCUGCCUUUGACGCUCUAAACAUCACAGUCCCCGGAGCCCCAGCAUGCUGGUGUGACACUGUGCAGAUGUUUGGGAGCCACAAGGUCUCCCUGGGCGAGGUGUUGGGCGGGGCCGUGCACCUCGCCCAGGAGGGGGUUCCGGUUGCCAAGGUAGCGGCCUACCAAUGGGCACACUGGGUGGACGCCAUGCGGCAUGCUGGGAAGGAACUGGACAGCGACCUUCUGGUGGAAGGGGAGGCGCCACGGCACGGACAAGUGUUCAGGAACCCCGCCCUGGCCAGGACCUUCAGGGAGCUGGGAGAAAGCGGGAAGCCAGGCUUCUACCAGGGAAGAGUGGCUCAGGCCGUCGUUGACGUUAUCCACCAAAACGGCGGGGUCAUGACCCUGGAUGACCUCAGCGGCCAUGACAGUGAGGUGGUCACUCCGAUCAGUACAGACUACAAGGGCGUGCGUCUUUGGGAACCCCCUCCCAACAGCCAGGGCCUGGCCGCCCUGUUGAUGCUCAAUAUCUUGGAGAACCUUCCGCUGCAAGAUCUUGGCCACAACAGCGUGGACUACGUCCAUCUCCUGGUGCAGGCGGUGAGCCUCGCCCUGACAGACGCGUUGCAUAACAUAAGUGACCCGGACCAUGUGAUCAUUCCUCUGGACCGCCUAUUGGAUAAGACCCACAGCCGCCAGCUUGCCCAGCAAAUCAGCAUGGACAGGGCCAGUGAGGUGGGUGCACCAGCUGUGACGAUACAGGGCGACACUGUGUACUUCUGUGUGGUCGACUGCCAGGGCAACGCAUGCUCCUUUGUCAACAGCAACUACAUGGGCUUUGGCUCAGGCCUUGUGCCGAGGGACUGUGGCUUCUCCCUCCAGAACCGGGGUGCUAGUUUUUCUCUGCGUCGUAACCACAGCAACUGCAUCGCCGGCGGUAAACGCCCAUACCACACCAUAAUGGCCGCUCUCGUCACCGGCCCCGCCUCCGUCGGACAGAAGCCCCGCCUCCUGGCGGCCCUCGGAGUGAUGGGCGCCAUGAUGCAACCGCAAGGACACGUCCAGGUGCUGCUGAACAUGCUGGAGUUUGGAAUGGAUCCUCAACAGGCCUUGGACGCUCCCAGGGUCUAUGUGGAGUACGACCAGAAAGCUGAUCAGUGGCUGGUUCAUUUGGAGGAGGGAUUUGGCAAAGAAGUUUGCGAUGAGUUGAGGAGGCGGGGCCACCAAGUAAAUUGGCCAAUCACAGGAUUUAAUCGUUCGCGAUUUGGUCGAGGACAAAUCAUUACAGUUGGUGAUUGGUGGAAUCCAUCUGUCCGGCAAGCUGCUCAUCCAACCAGAGUUCUGUGGGCGGGGUCGGACCCCAGAGCAGACGGGUGUUCGCAAGGCUACUAGACCUGCUCCAAGUAUAUCAUUAAUUAACAUAUUUUAAAUUGAAAUAAUAUUAAAUCAAACACUUGAUAAUAUUAAAUCAAACACUAAAUUAAUUGAUAUUCUUAAUCAGAUCAAUCAUGUUUUUAUUUUAAUUAAUCAUUCACAGUUUACCAAUAAUCUAAGCAAGUUAAUUGUUAUUUACAGGUCUAUGAUGACCAAAUAAAGAGUGUUUUUUUUUUUAUCCAGACAAAACGCGGCUCCCUAUUUACUUUUGUCUGUCGGCCUCUCUUUCCUAUAUGUCGGCGAUGUUGACGCUUCGCAGAAACGGGUCAGUCGUAUAUAUCUCUGGGGGUCAGCCCACUAGCAGCAGGAAGUGAGUCAUGGAGCGUUCCCUGCUUCCUGUUUGAGUCAGUAGUUGCGAAGCUGUCCAAUGACCCCCAUUGUCUUUUCAUGACUAUGACACCAUUCUCCGGCGCACGCACGCACACACACACACACAAAUACACACACACACAUUUGAAUGAUUUAUUCAGGGUAAACAAUUUAAAAUAAAGGCCCAAAUAUUUUCAAAUGUGACUGAUCAUUACCCUUCAAUCGGGCAAUGGGUUGAUUGCUGAUGAUGAAUGAUGGGGAUGAUCAUAUUUGGCUUCUUCUCUUGUAGAACGCUGCGUGCCUAAUGUCCUCACCUCCACCCAUCCAAUGCAUCUGUGCUUGCAGCAUGUCCACAGUGACGACCUAUCGGUGUGAUGAGA